GAAGAAACAUUAUCAUUGAACUGUUACAGUCUUUCUAGAACUUAAGUCUGAACUGAACCCCUUUUUUACCUAUUCAUUCGUCAUUUACCAUGGCAGAAAAGCAUCCCGUUAUUUACUUCGGAACCACAACGCUUGGAUCAUCUCACGUACCAGCGCUGCAAGACGAGAAAGUCGUUUCACAAUUCUUCGAUGUUUUAAACAGUAGUGGCAUUUCACAAAUAGACACUGCGGCUCGGUAUCCGCCAGAUAACCACGGUGCCUCGGAACGAAUGAUCGGCAGGGUGAAAGCACCUGCCAGGGGCUUUAUUAUCAACACCAAGGUGCUCUUCGCCGGUCAGAACAGCGAUGGAACUCUGAGUAAAGAAGCUGUACGGAAAAGCGUCGCGAAUAGUUUGAAAGUCUUGGGAGUUGAAAAGUUGGGUAUCCUUUACGCUCACGCUCCCGACCUAGCCACCCCUUUAGCGGAGCAAGCCGAAGCACUCAACGAGCAGUACCAGAAAGGGUUCUGCGAAAAAAUUGGCAUUUCUAACUUCCCCCUUGACAUGCUUAAAUCUUUUAUAGAAAUAUGCGAAAAGGAAGGUUACGUCAAGCCGUCAGUUUAUCAAGGGCAGUAUAACCUGAUCUGCCGGGAACCGGAGAAGGAGCUGCUGCCUUUUCUCCGAAAGCACAAUAUGACAUUUAACGGAUAUUCGCCACUCGGCGGAGGCUUCCUCACCGGCAAGCUGACGCUGGGAACGGCCGAGGGUACGCGUCUCCGCAGUGCUUACGGUGCGCAUUUCGCUGCAUGGUAUGAUCGACCCGAGUUCCACGAUGCGGUAAAGAAGCUGCUCGAAGUCAUCGAGCCGCUCGGUAUCAAACCUUCCGAGGCGGCUUUACGAUGGGCGGCUUACCAUUCUGCCCUCGGGGAGAAAGACGGGAUUAUACUAGGGGCUACGAAGAUUGAGCAGCUCAAGCAGAACCUUGAAGACAUUGAAAAGGGACCUCUACCUCAAGCUGUCGUGGACGAGAUCAUAGUCAUUGGGAAGACUAUUGAUGCUAUGGGUACUGGCAACUUCGACGUCAAGCCUGCUAAUCUACCACCGAAGUAGGGUCCACUAUGAGAGAGCGGAUAGAGGUGAAGUUAGCUUAGCAGAAAUGUUAGCCUGCACAGAUACCUAACCUGUUAUGAAUAUAAGACCGUUGAAGACUUGUGUUACAUAGAGUGAUUUUGAAAUAAAAAUGCCACCAGCAAACUUUUGGCAAG